CAGAGAACAGAUGAUGCCGUCUCUAUAAAGACAUGAACUCAACCUACAAAGGUGCGCACUCUGGCAAAAAUAUAAAUUAGAAGGGGAGGAUACCGCUUCCUGAAGAAGACAUGGAUGGAUUAUCAGGCAGCCAACCUUUUCUGCCAAAGAAUUCGGAAAGCAGAAGGAAAGAAAUCAUGAGUCAUGAUGAGAAACUGCAGAGCAAGGAAGAAAUUACUGAUCUGGCUUUAACAGACCAAGACAUGAUGACAAGAGAGGGUCUGGACAGGAGGAAUGUCUGGGAGCCGAGCGUUUACUAUCCCCUGGGAAAGGAGUCCUUUCAUUUUGUUGGUCAUGAAGUCAACAUCCGGGAGUCUACGGACUCAUACGGAGCUCUGAUUUGGCCUGGGGCAAUAGCUCUCUGUCAGUUCUUAGAAAACAACCAGCAACAAAUGAACCUGACAGACAAAGCAGUGCUAGAGCUCGGAGCUGGAACUGGCUUACUCUCCAUAAUGGCAAGUUUGUUAGGUGCCUGGGUGACGGCUACUGAUCUGCCUGACAUCUUGUCUAAUCUGUCCUUCAACCUUCGCCGGAAUACCAAGGGGCGUUCACGCUACAUCCCUCAGGUGGCUGCCCUCUCCUGGGGCCAGGAGCUGGAGCGAGACUUCCCCUUCCCGUCCUACCGCUACGAUUAUGUGCUUGCAGCUGAUGUGGUGUAUCACCACGACUUCCUUGAGGAACUGCUGAACACUAUGCUUCACUUCUGCAGACCAGGGAGUGGGACAACCCUGCUUUGGGCGAACAAAAUUAGGUUCCAGUCAGACCUGAGGUUCGCAGAGCGCUUUAAGAGCAGUUUCAACACAACACUGCUUCUGGAGGUACCGCAGGAGAAUGUGUGGAUAUACAAGGCCACAGCAAAGGAGUGAACAAA